AUGCCUUUUCAUUCUCGAUGUACAUCGAAUGAUGAUAUACCUUUUUUUCGUGUUCUUAUUUCAUUUCAUUCAAUGCUUACAAUUAAUCGUUAUUGUCAUUCAUUAAAAAUACUUAAUUUAAUUCGUUCACGUUUUUGUUUAUUAAAAAGUUUUUUACCAAUAAUUUUAUAUGAAGUCAAUACAAAUGAAGAAUUUAUUUUAAAUAAUGAUAUUAACAUAUCAAAAUCAAUAAAUCCCGGUAUUUAUUUAGCUUUACUUAAAUAUGAUGAUAGGAAAUAUCAACCAUUGAUUGAUUUAAAAUUAAUUCCAAUAGAAAUUUUUCCAGAAAAAAUUUUCUUACCUAAAACUAUACCAUUUAUCAUCUAUGAAAUAGAACCAUUUGUAAAAGCAUUAAGUAAUUUAAUUGAUUAUAUGAAAGAAUAUGAAAAAACAAAAAUUAUUUGUCGAAAAUAUAUAAAUAUUAAAAAUGAAUCGAAUUAUUAUUCAUCAUUACAUAGUGUUAGUCAAAUAUCAACAACAAAGCGUACUAAUCAAACAAAAAGUACUAUUGGUAAAACUUCGUCAUCUACAGUUUCACCUAAUGUAAUGCCAACACCUUUAUCACAAUCAUCUACUAUUCCAAUAUAUGUUAAUCAUGAUAUUGAUAUUCGACAAUAUAUAGUUACUGAUCCACAACGAAUUAAUCGAACUUCAUUAGAUAGUAAUUCUCUAUCAUUUACAUUUCGUAUACUUAAUCGAAAAGAACAAAUGAUUCAACAACAAGCUAUAAGUGAUCAUAUUACACUUCCAUCAAUGAUAAACAUAUAUGAAAAUAAUCCAUGUGAAUUCAAUGAAAAUGAGCUUGUCCUUUUUAAACAACAUCUUUCUUCACUUGAUAUUGAUUCAUCAUUGAUAUUAGAAUUAAAAAAUUGUAUACAUCAAUUAGCUAUUGAAAAUAAACUUGAUAAAAUUGAAGUUUGUGAUAUACUUAUUAAAUUAGUUUAUAAAAUAAUACAUAAUCAAUUAUAUAAUAAAGAUAUAUUAAAAACUAUACAAAAUUUACAAGAAGCAGCAUCUCAUAAUACACAAAAACUAUCAUUGACAAAUUUAUCACAAUUAAUGAAAAUACUUUUUCGAAUAGAUUAUUUAGAAAAAUUUAAUAAAUUAGAUAAACAAAAAAUUCAUCUAUUUAAUCAACGUAUAAAUCAUUUAGCACGUAUGGGUAUAUUAAAUCAACAAUUGAAAAUGUUUAAAAAACUUUUUCAACUUGAUCUAUUUGAAAAUGAACCUAAUCAACAAACUUUUUCACAAUUUAUUGAUGAUGAUAUACAACGUAUUAUUCCAAAACAAAUACCACUUAACGAUUUAGGCAUAAAAGAAAUAAUUCAUCAACUUCAAUUGAAUAUCGAUCGUUUAGGACCAACAACUACUCUUAUUCUUAUUGAUAAUCUUCAACAAUUAGUUCAUUCGGGUUUAUUAUUAACUUUAAAUAAAACACCACAAUUAAAACGAUAUUUAAUACAAUUUAUAGAACAUAUACAAACUGGUCGAUUUAUCGGACUUUAUCUUCAACGUCUUGUUGAACAAAUGAAUCAGAGUAUACAAACGAGUCCAACAAAAAAAGUUUUAUUUAUUAAUCAAUUAAAUAUUUUAUUACAAAAGACUAAAUUAAUAUCGAACAAUGACAAUACAAUAUUAAAGAAUAGUCAUAAUGAAUUAAUUUCUAUUUUAAUGAAUUUAGCUUAUAAAGGACAAUUAAAUUCAUAUACUAAUGUUGUUACACAACAUGUAAAAAUCAAAGAACAAAAUUCGUUAACUACUAUCUAUCAACAAACUGAUAUUAACAACAAUAAUCUUCAAUCCAUACUUAACUUUCUUUAUGAACAAUCAUCUUCAACAUCACUAUCGGAUCGUCUUCCCUAUCAAUGUGUUUCUUAUUUUAUUCAAUACCUUCGUCAUUUUGCACAAUUAGGCAUUCUAUAUGAACCACAAAUUUUAAAUAUCUUAAUUGAUUUAUACAAAGCUAAAGAUCAAAAUAAAAUUAAUGUAGAAACAUUUAAAACGAUUUUAGAACAUAUGAAAACUAUUCAUUAUGUUUAUGCAUAUAAUCAUUUGAAUUUAAUUGAAUUUGAUAAAUUUUUAAAUGAUAUGAUUUUUGAUGGUCAUUUAACUCGUGGUCAAGCAUGGAUUAUACUCGAUCGUUUGAUUAAUUUAUGUCGAACAGAACCUAUUACAAAUCAUGAUAUAAAAACACUACUUAUAAAUAUUCAACUUGAAUAUAAUCGUCAACAACCAAUUUAUCCAAAAUUAAUUGAUUAUUUACAAAUUCUUGCUGAAUCUUAUUCAAAUUCUUUAGCUGAACUUCAUUGUUUUGAACGAGAAUUACAAAAAUUAUUUCUUUCAUCUCAUAUGAAUAUUAAACGAAUACCAGAUGAAAUUCGAAAAUGUUUAAAUGAUAUGAUAUUAUUUUGUAAACAAGUUAAUAAUGAUCAUACAUUACUUGAACAAUUAUUUGGUUCAACAAUGAAUUAUAAAUUUUAUAAUAAAAUAAAAGAAAUAUUAAAAAGAAAAAAUUUUAUAAGUAGAAAACAAUCAUUAAAUGCUAUUGUACAAAUGCAUAAACAUUUUUUAAAAAUAUCACGUUUAAAUACAUAUAAUUUUUUGUCUGAAUGUGAAUUAGAUAAAAUUCUUCAAAAUAUUCAAAUAAAAUGUUUUCAACAACAAAAAUACAUUGAAGAUAUUAUAAAACAUAUGACUCAAUUAGGAUAUUUACAAGAUAAAGCUUUUGUUAAUUAUUUAACACAAUAUUUUCUUACUAAUGAAUUUUCAUCAUUGACUAUAGAAAAAUGUAAUGAAAUUCAAAAUAAACUUCAAACAUGGCCAUUUACUUUAGAUCUUAAUCAUCCAAAUGUUCGACAAAUAAUCGAACAUUUAAUACAACUUGAACAACAAGAUAAAAUUGAUACAGGUACAUUAAUUGAAAUACAAAGUAGACUUAAUCAAUUAGCUCGUUAUGGUAAAUGUUCUUUACCACAAAUUAAACUUAUUAUUGAUGGAAUUCAUAAAUAUCAUGGUAAAACAUAUUUAUUUGAUAAAGAUGGUUUUCAAUUGAUUCAAUCUUAUCGUUUAAUAUUAAAUGAUAUUACUCGUGCAAUUGAAUUGGAAUUUUAUAUUCAACAACUUACAUCCGAAUAUAAAAUAUCAGAUAAUUUAAAUUAUCGUUUUCGUCAUUUUUUAUAUCAAAUUUUACAAAAUGAAUUAUCAAUCGAUGAACUUAUUCGUUAUCGAUUUGAAUUAGAAAAAUUUCAUUAUAUAAAACAAAUGGAUCUUGAUCAAAUUAAAAAAUUUAUUAAUUUAUUACCACAAGAAUUAAAUAAUUUAUAUUCAUUGACUUUAACUGAUAAAUUAUUAGAACGACUUAAAUGGGAUGGAAAAAUAUUUGAUAAAUCAAUUCGAGAUCAAUUAUUAAAAUUUGAACGUUGUGGUACUUUAUCACAAGAUAAUUUUGAAGAAAUUUAUAAUAAUCUUUAUCGUACAUCAGAUAUUUCUCUUCUUUCAUUAAAACAAACUAAUAAUAAUCAACUUCUUAUUGAUCUUUUCGAUAAAAUAAAUGAUUUACUUAAUGAUGGUUUAAUCAAUUUACAAAAAUCUAUUGAAAUAAAAGAACAUAUCUAUUUUCUUGAAGAUAUUAUUGAUUUAAUAGAUCUAUCACAAAUAAUUACAUUUGAAUCACGUCUAUUAAAUUCAUUAAAUCAAAAUGAAUUUUACAUGAUUUGUGAAGAAUUAAAAACUUUUGUUUAUCAAGAACAAUUUCGUUUAUCUAAAGCACAAGAUUUAAUUUCUAUUUGGCAUUUAAAUGAAGAAAAUGGAAAUUCUAAUAAAAAACAAAUCAUAAAACUAUUUGAUGAACUUGCUAAUCUUAAUCGACUCUAUAAUAAUUCUAUUGUACCACUAAUGAAUCGAUACAUUGAAAUGAAACAAAAAAAUCCAGUUGUUUAUCGAUAUUUAAUUAAAGAUUUACAACGUUUAAAAGAUCAUGCAUUAAUUGAUAAACAAGCAAUAGAAUGUAUACGUUCAAUUGAAUGUCAAAUAUAUAAAUUUGAUUAUAGAAAACGGUUUAAUGAAAUAUUAAUUAAAAAAUUUGAAAAUCAUUUAAAACAUAUAUUUACUGUUCUACCUCAUUCAUUUGAACAACAUUUACGUAUUGAUAUUUGUAAAAAAUUAUAUGAAUUAAUUGAAACUUAUGUUAAAUCAAAUACAAAUGAAAAUUCAUCUGAUGAAGUUUUACGUACAUUUGAUUCCUAUAUUUCACAAAUGAAACAAGGUCAAUCAAGAUCUUCAAAAACUCGUUAUCAUUAUCCUUCAUUGGAUGCAAACGUUCCAACAACAUCAUCUUCUUUACAAUCUUUACACAAUAUUUCUUAA